CCAGUGCGCGGCCUUAUCAUCGCAGCCGCCCCGCCAGGCCGGCUUCACAUUCUCAGUGUCCGGCUACUGCUACGCCUAUGAUAUAGACACCAGUUGUCUCGGUACCGCGCGCCCAGCUUGUCGAACUACCAUUCGUCUGCGGUGCCCCGCUUGGUCAACACUUUUUGGAUAGCUACGCCUGACAGCGUCGGCCUCUUUCUAACAUGACGUGGGAACACGUGGGCAUCUUUGCCCGCGCAGCCGACGCGGACGGCAUUCCCGCAUUUACCGACCCUUGGCCGGUCAAGGAUAUUGUCUAUGUAGCCAUUGUUGGCACUUGCAUGCUUGCUGCUCUGCUCGAAUGGUUCCUCUGGGUCGCUGCAUUCCUUUACUGCUUGGUGAAAUGUUUCCAGAAAGCCGAGACCAUCAGCAUUCGCAUACUUUCCGUAAUCAUGAUGAUUCUUUUCACUGCUCUUCGCGCCAUCUUCUUGCCCAUCAUGGUCGUCACUCUACCUCUACCCGGUCAGGUCACAAAGUACUUCCCGAAUGACAUGGUACAAAUUCUCCAAUGGUUCGCUUUCUGGUCCUUCGCCGGUCUCCUGACGAUCCCGUGGCUUUUCUGCGUUUAUCAGCUUGUCACCCAUUCCGUUGGCCGCACAAAGAGGAUCAAAUCUGUCCUGGACGAGGCAUCGGCGCCCAAGGUCGUUAUUGUCAUGCCCUGCUACAAGGAAAUUCCCGAGAUUCUGUUGCGAACGUGCGACUCACUCGUAGACUGCGAUUACCCACCCUCGUGCUUGCACAUUUUUCUUUCGUUCGACGGAGACCAGGAGGAUGAACUAUACCUCAACACCAUCGAGAAGCUUGGCGUGCCGCUGACCCUCGAUUCGUACCCGAAGUCCAUCGACGUGACAUACCGUAGCUGCCGUAUCACUGUUUCUCGCUUCCCUCACGGUGGAAAGCGUCAUUGCCAGAAGAGGACAUUCAAGCUCAUCGACAAGAUCUACGCCGAGUAUCUGAAGCGCAACGACAACCUCUUCAUGCUGUUCAUCGACUCCGACUGUAUUCUCGACAAGGUCUGCAUCCAGAAUUUCAUGUACGAGAUGGAACUCAAGCCUGGAAGCAAGAAGAACAUGUUGGCUAUGACCGGUGUCAUCACCUCAACUACGGAAAAGAACUCGCUCAUCACUCUCCUCCAGGAUAUGGAGUACAUCCACGGCCAGCUCUUUGAGCGAUCGGUCGAGUCCGGUUGCGGCGCUGUGACCUGUCUGCCCGGUGCUCUUACUAUCCUUCGUUUCUCCGCUUUCCGCAAGAUGUCCAAAUACUACUUCGCCGAUAAAGCCGAGCAGUGCGACGACCUGUUCGAUUACGGCAAGUGUCAUCUUGGGGAAGAUCGUUGGCUCACUCACUUGUUCAUGAUUGGCGCCCAAGAACGUUACCAGAUCCAGAUGAAUACUGGUGCUUUCUGCAAGACCGAGGCUGUGCAAUCCUACCGUUCCCUUCUGAAGCAACGUCGCCGCUGGUUCCUUGGUUUUAUCACCAACGAAGUUUGCAUGUUGACUGAUAUCCGUCUCUGGAAGCGGUACCCAAUCCUUUGCGUUGUCCGUUUCAUGCAGAACACCAUUCGAACCACUGCUCUCCUUUUCUUCAUCAUGGUCAUUUCUCUCAUCACAACAUCCCAGAAGGUCAAGAACCUGCCGGUCGGUUUCAUUGCCAUAUCGCUUGGACUCAACUGGCUGCUCAUGCUUUACUUUGGUGCCAAGCUUGGCCGUUACAAGAUUAUGCUUUACCCUGUCAUGUUCGUCAUUAACCCCUUCUUCAACUGGGUGUACAUGGUCUACGGUAUCUUCACAGCUGGUCAGCGCACCUGGGGAGGUCCUCGUGCAGAUGCUGGAACCGCUGACGCAACCACGACCCCCGCCCAAGCUAUCGAGCAGGCCGAAGCUGCAGGUGACGAUCUCAACGUCGUGCCAGAGACUUUCAAGGCUGCAGCAGAGGCACAGAAGGGCCGCCCAGCUCAUGUGCCGCUCCAGCCGUCCGAUCACCUCGAAGGUCGCUUUGCCCCAGCCGAACGUCUGCCCAAUGGAUGGUACCAGCAAGGCUCCAACGACUCUGGCCUCACUCUGCCCAAUAUGCUUCCCCGGAACCCCAAUGUCCCCAACGUCCCAUUGCAUCCCCGCUCGUCCAUGGAUUCGAUGGUUUCUGGAACAUCAAACAAUAACUCCAUCUACAUGCCUCGCCGGGUCGAAUCCUUCAUGGACCCUGCGGACGCAUCCAUCUACCACAAGGCCCAGGCAGCACAGAAGCCAGCUGGAGGUGCCUACUUCGAAGCCGACAACCGCUACAACUCGCCGUAUGAGGUCGGCACUGGCUCUGGCAAGAACAACUACCACGAGUCCGUCGAGUCACUGUCUGACGAAUCGAUUUACAUGUCUCAGACCAAGGGAUCUCAAAGACCACCCCACAACAGAGGCCCCAGUGAUCUCAGCCCUUAUGCGCCUGCUACGAACUCGCCUCUCGCCCGGCAGACCUCGGACUACGGCCAUAGUGAAAUAGAGGCACCGCAACCUGCCUACAGCAAUGGACAGCGCGAUCAAAGGCAGGGCCGUAGCCCGCUUGCCCGCUCAGCUUUCACUGCGCCUGAACAGAACCUCGGCAUCGAGCUGCAGCAACAACAGCAUUCAGGCUUGAUGCGCGAUGUGUCGCCUGUUGCUAGGCAGGACCACUCCAGCCACCAGCGCAGCGGAUCGAACGAUUCUGACAAGAAGCGCAGGAGGUUGAGCAAGAAGCCGCCGAAAUGAGCGCACCACUGAACGAACAAAUCACUGCACACGGCCAUUUUAGCGGCACCCAGCCCGCGUAGCCAGCUUAUUUCCUUGUAAUUGCAUGCAAAAGUCGGACUUUUACUGGCGUUCAAGCAUCUUCUCCACCGGAGCUUCCUCCGCAUCUUUGUCUGCAUAGCGUGCAGCCACGCACUCUUUUCAUUAUUGUAAAUACACACGGCUGGGAUACAGCGACGACAACCGAACGUGGCCAUGACUGGGUCAUCAUCUAGGCUUUCUUUAUAUUGGCGGUGAUUAGGUUAGACGAGUGCUUCACUGGCGGGGAAUUGGAUAUAUAGUGCGCAGAAGCAAGAAGGUGUAUACAGGAGUAAUGUUAAUCUAUGACGCCA